AUGGCAGACGCUGGUGCAGAGGCACCCUCCCGUGUAUAUUCACGACACACACUACUGCGCCUUUCACAAAGCCCGCUCGUUCAUGUCCCCGACGGCACGCCGCCGUUUGACGAGUGGUAUGGUGCCUGGCGGCCGUAUACGCCCCGCGGGCUGGGUAGCGGCAUGCACGACAUGCCCGGCAAAAGAGAGAUGCGCCAGCGUCGCGGCGAUGGCCGCGGCGAGCCGCUUUCCGACGGAUCGCGCCGCUUCCCGACGCCGAAAGGCACGUUUGUCCCUGCGCCGGCGCCCCGCCGGGGGGGGGCGAGCAAGGGCGAGGAGCGCGCGCGCCGCGGCGAAGAGGUGCGCGAUCUUGCGUGGCGCCGCACCGGCGAGGAGCGUGGAGACAUGCCCGCGUGGAUGGCCGAGGACGCGGGCACGCCGCGCACUCCUGGAGGGCGCGUAGACAGCAUCCAAGAGUUCAAGGCGCAGCUGCGUGAGCGCGAGCGCCGCGAGAAGGGCGAGCCGGAGCCGGAGCAGGCGCAGCAGCGGGGCAUGUACGAGGACCUCGCGCAGCCGGAAGAGAGCGACGGCCACUCGAGCCGCUUCGCCAAGUUCUUCCACUCCGACCAGGGCAAGGGCGAUGCACAGGCCAGCAACCAGGCCGCAGUCGAGAUCGACCUCUUUUCGCUGCUCUCGGGCAAGAAGGAGCAGAAGCCAUCGAGCGCCGCGUCGACGCCGGCCGCGCCCGCGCCUCCGGCACUCGCACCGGCACCGAAGCAGGCCCCGAGCGCGCCGCAGACGCCGCAGGCCGCGCCGGCGGGGGGCGCGCCGAGCGCCGCGGACAUGGCGAGCAUGCAGAUGCUCAUGGCCAAGCUCAUGGGUGGCCGGACGCAGUCGCCGGCCGCUACGCCGCCGCGCGCGUCGUCGGGCACCGCCACGCCAAGUGCGCCGCCGAGCGGCGCUCACGGCUCGCCGGCUCCGGCAGCGCAGGCCGCGCAGAACGCCCCGAGCCAGAUGGCGCUCUUUCAGCAGCUCCUCCACCAAUCGAGCCGCCCGCGCGACGGCGACGGCGCCGGCGCCGGCGCGCCGCCCGGCCUCGGGGGCGGCGGCUGGCCGAUGGCGAUGCCGCGUCCAGGUGCGCCGCCCGGCGGCCCUCAUGGCGCCCACCCCGGCGGCCCUCCUGGCGGGCCGCCGGGCCUGUACGGUGCGCCGCCCGGCGUUCCCCCCCAGGGCUGGCCGGUGGCCGCGCGUCCGCCCGGCGCCCCCCCGGGCCUUGCGGGAAUGCCAGGUGCGCCGCCCGGCAUGCAUCCCCCCCCCGCCAUGCCGUAUGCGUUCCCCGGCCACGCGGUGCCUCCUGGCUGGAUGCCCGAGCGGCGUGAGUAG